AUGGCGCCUUUUCUCAAGCAAGCUAUCACUCAGGCACUGGAUGAUAGACAAGUACUAUACCCGUUACAAUGGCUGGGUGAACAGCUUAUUUUGCAGUCCGUACAAUACGAAGGCAAUCCGGACGUCUCUCACAUUAGAGGGCGGUUUCUGUAUGAGCACCGAUCCAAUAAUGGUCGAGUUGUGUCAGCACCGACAGAGAUUGUUGACAUGCCUGUCGAGGCUUUGCAGAAGACAGUGUUGGAGGAUACAAAGGGAGAGCAGCAAGAUUCGGUAUCAUCGCCAUUGGCUGAGACCCGUUUGGUUACGAGUUGA